AUGCAUCUACCGAUGCUCCAAACCACACGCUACCGAGUGCUACCACGGGAGACCUGCAUCGCUCAAGCCAGGACAAUAUCUGGAUGCGACCAGUUCGGCGACCAAGAGCCUGCCGGCGAGCGCCGGUGCCGGUGGCAAGGCGAAGCGGACCCGAAUACUCGGCUGUCCGCUACUAGCCAGCCAUCGAACAGCCCAUCGUACGAUUAUGAUGUGGCCAAGCAGAGCGGCGAAUAUGUUCUCUCAAUGCCCAAAAUCGGCCCAAGCGUGCUAAGAUCAGUGCAGCGACUUACACAGAAAAUUGCUAUAUUUGGCAACAUAUUGCUUGAUCACAAGGCCCAUUCUGUCAGCAGCAGACGAACUACUCACCAGCGCUAUGCUGCGGCUCACGUUUUUGUGCUGGCUCUGCUGAAGACGAGAAACAGGUUAAAGUGCCAAGCAAAGUGCCAAGGUGCCAUUACUCUACGCCGUGUCUGGAUACGGCGAUGCAUACAGGCCUAUGAUCUAAGCGCUGGUGGACAAAGUAUCAUCAGAAGCGACACGCAUCAUUGGAACGAUUUUAACUAA